GACAAUAACAGAACAGUUCCUCCAGACCACUGUGGCCCUGACUUCCUCUCCUAGGGAGGAGGGUGCCUGGAGACACCAGGAGGAGGAAGCAGGGCUCGUCUUUUUCUGAGGACUCUGAGUCUUCCAGAGGCAGCAUGUCAGAGGGGGCGGGCACGUUCCGCAUGGUCCCUGAGGAGGAACAGGAGCUCCGUGCCCAGCUGGAGCGGCUUACAACCAAGGACCAUGGGCCUGUCUUUGGCCGGUGCAGUGAGCUACCCCGCCAUACCUUGCAGAAGGCCAAGGACGAGCUGAAUGAGACGGAGGAGACUCGGGAGGAGGUGGUGCGAGAGCUGCAGGAGCUGGUGCAGGCGCAAGCGGCCUCUGGGCAGGAGCUGGCCCGCGCGGUGGCCGAGAGGGUGCAGGGAAGGGACACCGCCUUCUUCCUGCGCUUCAUCCGCGCACGGAAGUUCGAUGUGGGGCGAGCCUAUGAGCUGCUCAAGGGCUACGUGAACUUCCGGCUGCAGUACCCAGAGCUCUUCGACAGACUGUCCCCGGAGGCUGUGCGCUGCACCAUCGAGGCUGGCUACCCUGGUGUCCUGUCCAGUCGGGACAAGUAUGGCCGAGUGGUCAUGCUUUUCAACAUUGAGAACUGGGACUGUGAAGAAAUCACCUUCGACGAGAUCUUGCAGGCGUAUUGUUUCAUCCUGGAGAAGCUCCUGGAGAAUGAGGAAACUCAAAUUAAUGGCUUCUGCAUCAUUGAGAACUUCAAGGGCUUUACCAUGCAGCAGGCUGCCGGGCUUCGGGCUUCCGAUCUCAGGAAGAUGGUGGACAUGCUCCAGGAUUCCUUCCCAGCCCGGUUCAAAGCCAUCCACUUCAUCCACCAACCAUGGUACUUUACCACGACCUACAACAUGGUCAAGCCCUUCUUGAAGAGCAAGCUCCUCCAGAGGGUCUAUGUCCACGGAGAUGACCUCUCCAGCUUCUUCCAGGAGAUCGACGAGGACAUCCUACCUGCUGACUUUGGGGGCACACUACCCAAGUAUGAUGGCAAGAUUGUGGCUGAGCAGCUCUUUGGCCCCCGGGCCCAAGCUGAGAACACAGCCUUCUGAGGAUGUCUGCUGCCAUCUGACCUGUAGUUAG